UGAAUGAAGUAGAGAACCACACCUAUGCAUUAUCACAAGCUUUUAAAUUGAGGUGUUGCUGUGCCUGCACCCUGGAGAGACGUGUUGGGAAGAUGGAGACCAUGGUGAUGCUCUCUUGGAUGGUGCUGUUAGUGCUUUCAGGUAAUUCUGCAAUAGAAUUAACAACAACCACCACCACAGAAGUAACUUCUACCACCACAACACCAUACUAUGAUGAAGUUUAUGUGAGACUGUCAGGAAGCAAUUGUUCCGGUCUUCUUGAAGUUUAUUACUUUGGUGGCUGGACUGGUGUAUGUCAUCAAAAUUUCACCCUCACUGAGGCUGAGGUCGUCUGCAGGGAGCUGCGAUGUGGCCGAGCACUUAGCGUUAUGGAAAACCACACCAAUAUCGUCUACCCUUACUUGAGCAACGUGUACUGUACUGGCAGUGAAGACUACCUAUGGCAAUGUUCUUUUCGAGAAGGAGGCUGCAGAAGCAACACAAAUGUUGGGGUCAGAUGUGCAGGAUCUGGACUGCUUACACCAACAGACUUUGCAAUGACUAGGUAUAGAACAGGUAAUAUUAAACAUUGUGCUUUCACACAGUUUGCUAAUCUGAAAAAGAGGAUGCUUGAAAUCCAGAAAUCACAUAUAAUUUCUAUGUUGUCUGUCGCAUUUCCUUCUUUUUCUAAUUAUAGUCAUGCUUACAGGAACACAAUCUUUUAAGCUGUAUGGUUAGAG